CAAACUUAUCAAAAUGAAUACCCAAAUUUAGAUUUGAUAUUGCACUCUCAUUAUUACCUCCUGCACUACAUUUUUUAGCAGGAAUUAAAUGUUGGCGGUAGUUUUUAGGGAACAGAGCCAAAGUACAACAUAUGAGAUUAUUAAUUAAGAACAAACUAGAACCUGCGAGAAAUGCAACUCGAGUCUUCCGGCAGGAAUCGAAGCUACACCUUUACGCUUUCGGGACCACCACUAACAGUCUAACAUUUAAAAUAUACCGAAGUUUAGAGGCUCAUAUUUGCAGUAUAUUUUGUCCUAUUGUUUUAAACUGUUUUUGAGAGAAACUCCUGAGAAGAAUCGGUUGAUUUGAAUCAGUAUUUUGAACAUUUUCGUUUUUCAAAUUGUAUCUAUAUGAAUCAAGGCUAUGACGUGAAAUUUUGCUCUUCAUAUGCCGGUUCGCAGACCAAAAUAUUAAAACUGAAAACUUCCAGUUAGAUUCAGGGUUAUGGUUAGGAAUAGGGACUUACGUUCGUUUGUAUACUGGGCCAUACUGCUCGGGAAUGCAGCCAAAUUUCGUGCGAAUUACAAUGACAGCAUUUGGCAAGGAUCCGUGAUGGAUAUAAUUGGAUCACGUACGGUAACUGAAAUGAGGUCAUGAAGAACGACCACGCAAAUAUUGGUCGCUAUUCAAGAAAGGAAACGUGGGUAAUAAAUUGUUUAAAAGAAACACGAAGGAAUAAGGAAGAUUUAGCGAUGCUGUUGUCUCGAAGAUGCUAUUGUUUUGAAAUAAUCGGAUACGUCGUCUUUUGUUACACAAGGAAAAUGUGGGAUACGCCGUGAGAAGUUAUUUAAUCUCAUGUAUAUCGUUAUUAGACGAAGUAACCCUGAAACCAUAUCCACUGCCUGCACGAUGUGCUGGCUCAGAUUUGAAUUUGGGACAUUUUAUAUUACUUUAGUAAACAAAUGCUGGAGGUCGCGGAUUUGCUUGAAAUACUUUCAAAAAACGUUGCUUUUGAAUUUCUUUUAAAAGAGAAAUAUCCGAGUAUGUAGCCAGGCAGUAGGAAUAAACCAUUUCCCGCAUCUUUACGUUGAUGGCAACGCGUGGAUCGAACAAUUUUUCCACAUCAAGUUCAAAGAGAGUACGAAGUCCUCAAGUCUCCGUUAUUGGAAACAGCCCAUGUCGACCAUCGGACAGAUUGAAUCCAAAGACCAUCGAUCCAUUCAAAAGUGAUUCUGGAAAGCAAUCAACAUUUGCAGCAAUCUAUAACAAUGGUGGUGUUCCCUGCAGGUUGCAACAUGGAUCUGUAAAACAUAAGAUUCAGUGGGAUGCACCUAUCGAAGAAUUAUCAUUCGACCCUCUAUUGGUCACAAUGGCAGAGGGUUUACAAGAAACAAAACAUCCCUACAACUUUCUGGCCCGUCAGGGAUUUCGAGAGUUGCUAGACCUUUCAGAUGCUGGUGUAAAAACAUUGCCUCUUUUACCAAAACUUGUUCAGCCAUUACGAGUAGCAUUGUCCUCACAGAAUGCUGAAGUAUUUUUCAACACUUUGGAUGCCCUUGUUCAGUUGAGCAGCGUUGUUGGAAAAGAACUCAACCCACAUCUAAAGAGCUUAAUGGCUAUGAUAUCUCGUAAGAUAAUGGAAAAGAACAACAAAGAAAAAAUUACCCACGCAUUGCAAGAAAUGGAAAAUCAUUGUGGACAUGCCUGUACUGCAGUCAUCAAGGCCAAGGUCCCGACAUACCAGUCUGUGUUGAAGUAACAAUCACGAGGUACCAUAAAUCAUAACUACCAUCGUUUUGUGUCAGUCAAUGCGACAUAUUGCGUUCUGAGUGGUGACUCCUUUUCAUGUGUGUGGAUUACCUUGUAUGGUAUACACCCAGAUAACCUCAUACAGAGAACAUCACGUGUAUACAAAUACCCUUAUGUGUAUACAUAUACCCUUAUGGUAUACAGGUAUUCUUGUGUUUAUAAGAAGAACAUUGCGUGUACAAAUAUACCCUUAUUUGUACACAUACUGUACUGUAUAUCCUUACGGCAUACGCAUAUAUAUGCUUAUGUAUGUUUAUGAAGAAAACUAUGCGUGUGAACAAUUCUCCUAUGUUAUCCCUGUUUUUAUCUUGGGCAUACGUAUAUUCUGUGUGCGCGCAAAUAUACCCUUGUGCAUAUAGCCUUCAUAUAUACAGAAAGUCAAAUUUAUACUUGCCAGUUUGUGCAAAGAACCUCAUGCGUUAUGCGAAUAUAAAUAUGUACAUGUGUAUAUACAUUGUUUUGUAUUUGAUAUAUAUUGCCCUCAUAUAACUGCAUAUAUAUAAAUUAUAUGGCUCUCAUAUAACUGCAUAUACCUGCAUGGCAACUGUUUAGUAAUUCCACGCAGAACUGGGAACAACGUAGUCUUAGAAACUAUAGUAUUCUUCAGGAAGUAGUUUCAUGCGGAACAGCGUACGUACGUAUACCAAGUCAUAGAUAUAUAUAAAGUUUUUCUGUAUUGCCAUGUUUGGCAUUUUGUUACAAAUUGUUGCCAAUUAUACUUGGCUAAUUUGAACGCCCGUUUUCUGGAAGAUUCUGACGCUGCUGUGCUGGAACAAAAGCACUUAUGAAAGGGUAUACAAAAAGAAAAAAUGCAGAGAAUGGCUUGCAAUUUUUGAAUGAAGAAUGUUAUCAAUGACAUGUGUUCUGCAUGACUAUAGGGAAAUUGUGGGGUAGCUUUUUCCGUAUAUACAUACACACGCGAAUAGUCUUAUAUAGUCAUCUAACUUUACAAUGAGUUUAUUGUAAUAAAAACAAUCACCUGAUCGCCUUGUUUAUGAUCCACGAACCAAAGAUUUUAAACAAAUAUCAUUACAGAG